GAAGAUCUUCAGUCUAAACAUGAAGAAGAAGAAAAGAAGAUGAAGAUCCAGAUAGAGGAACUGAACAGAGAAAGAGAAGAACUGAUGAAGAGACAUGAUGAAGAGAAAAAGAGGAUGAUGAUGAUGAUGAUGAUGGAAGAGGAACGACAGAAGCAGGAGACAGAGAGAAAUAGGAGAGAAGAAGAGUUCAGAGAGAGAGAAGAGCGAUAUAAAAGACUGAUUAAAGAGAGAGAGCAGAAGGAGAAUGAACUGAUAGAACAGAUGAAGCUGGAGCAAAUGCAGAAACAGACACCAGAGGAACGACUGAGGAGAGAUGAAGAGAAACAGAAAUCUGAACUUCACAAGAGACUCCAAAGUCCAGUUAGUGAUCAGACAACAGAUCUGAAUGUGGUGCUGCUGGGAAAAAGAGGAGCAGGGAAAAGUGCAUCAGGAAACACAAUCCUGGGAAGACAAGCUUUCAUCUCCAAGAAAAGUGUCCGACCAGUCACACAAGACGUCACUGUGGAGUCUGGAUCAUUCUGUGAACUACCAGUCACUGUUUACGACACUCCAGGAUUGUUUGACACAAAGAUAAGUGAUGAAGAGAUUCAGCAGAUGAUCAAUGAGAAGGUCCUCCAGAAAUGUUCAUCAGGUCUGUGUGUGUUUCUGCUGGUCAUCAGAGCUGACAGAUUCACUGAAGAUGACAGAAAGACUGUGGAGAAGAUUGAGAAGAUGCUGGGAGAAAAACACCAGAACAACAUCUGGAUUCUGUUCACCAGAGGAGACGAACUGGAGGAAGAAAACACGACAAUACAGGAGUUCAUAGAGGAGAUUGAAGAACUGAAGACACUCGUGCAGAAAUAUGAGCACAGAUACCAUCUGUUCAACAACAAGAAGAUGAGGACGAGUGAACAAGUGAAGAUGCUGUUCACAAAAAUACUGAAGAAUUACUCUGACACAGCGGCAGGAGCAGAGAAUCUAUUGAGAAAAAUACCAGCAAAUAUUGGAGCAGUCUCUCGUGUCUCCAGUCCUCCCUCCAGACGGAUUGUUCUUGUGGGUAUAUCUGGUGUUGGUAAAAGUGCAGCUGGAAACACAAUCCUGGGACAGAAAGAGUUUACAUCUGUGAUGAGCACAAAUUCAGUAACCCGUAAAUGUUCAGCAGCUCAGGCCACAGUUUCAGGCAGAUCUGUGUCUGUAGUCGACACUCCUGGAUUAUUCGACACACAGAUGAAGCCUGAAGAGUUAAUGAUGGAGAUCGCCAGAAGUGUGUAUAUCUCCAGUCCUGGACCUCACGCUUUCCUCAUUGUGUUUCCUGUCAACAUGAGAUUCACUAAACAGGAGCAGCAGAUUCUUCAGAAGAUUGAGCUGAUGUUUGGUGAAGAAGUGUUGAAAUACUCCAUCAUUCUCUUCACUCAUGGAGAUCUGCUGGAUGGAGAGCCUUUAGAGAAGCGGAUAGAGGAGAACUGUAGAUUAAGAUCUCUAGUCCAGCAGUGUGGAGGCAGAUAUCAUGUGUUCAACAACAGAGAUGAGGAGAACAGAGAGCAGGUGGAGGAUCUACUGCAGAAGAUUGACUCAAUGAUACAGCAGAAUGGAGGAGGACACUACAGUAAUCAGAUGUAUGAAGACGCUCUGAGAUUCAGACAAGAGGAAAGAGAGAGGAAACAGAGAGAAGAAGAGCAGAUAAAACAACAAGUGGAGAAACAAAGCCAAAACUGUGUGUGUAGUUGAUUUUUCUGGACUGUUUGACACAAUGAAGUGAAUAACAGAGAGCAGGUGGAGGAUCUACUGCAGAUUGAGUCUACUGUAGAGGACUUGAAGCGUUUUCUCUCAGUUUAAUCUAAAAACUAUUAAAACACUCAUUAAUAAGUUAACUGAACUCAAACAUUGCUCUGUCUUAUCACAGUACAUUUGUUGUUUCCUCUCCAAAUGCCCCACACUCUCUUAUUAAUACUUCAUCCUUUUGCAAAACAGUGUGAUUAACACAGGUAAGUGGGCUUGAUAAACCACCUUUAGAAGACACACACACACAC